AUAACAUGGAAAGCAUUCUUUUUAUUGAUGUGCUGCGUUUACUCGACUUUAGGAACAAUUUUAGGUAAUUGGACAACUAUGUGUUUGGACUGCCUGAACGUAACAGAUAUUUCCGCUGAUCACUCCUGUGAACUACAACGCUGCGUCUCAACAAAGAGUUGUCGUCAUCAAAUUGAUUUAACGAGCACUGAGAUACGGAAUGGGGCACACUCUCCCGAAAUUUUGUGCCAAGACGAACAAUACUUGAUAGUAGCGUUUAAUCAUACCGAACACACCCUAUAUUUUAUUGAGUAUCGCACACACAACGGCAACAUGACCCAUGUUUCGAAUUUCUCACUAUGCGGUCACAUUUUGGUGCAGAAGCUAGAACCCCAUACCAGAUAUGUAUUGUACUUGUGGGCGGUUUCUCUGCGAGAUGGUAUCGUCACUAGAAGUCGAAUUGUGGAAUCUCCGAAGCGAAUUCCAAACACUAAAAUUUCACCAGUUAACAAACUGGUUUUAAAAAGUUUGUCAUUGGAAAACAAAAUAUAUACAGCAACCAUUAGCUGGGAGCCAGGAGCAGGCCUAUCCUGCUACUACGAGGUGCUAUGGUACAAAAAAAGCCAACCAGGGUUAUAUAGACAGGCCAAAAUCAAUCUCAGAGUACAAUAUUUUAAAGAAUACAACAUUACUAAAUUGGAAUUGGGUAAGAAGUAUCGCGUAUCUUUGAUGGCGACCAACGAAAACCGAACGAAGGAGAGCGAGAAGAAAUGGAUCCAGAUUAAUAUCCCCAGCUGCGUCGACACUUACCGAAAUCUCAACGAUUGCACUCCUCCGGUUCCAAACAAUUUAACUCUGACCAAAAGUGCAAAUAUCGCUAGUUCAAACGAUUCCAUUUACGACAUCACAUUGACUUGGAACAAGCCCAAACUAUUACCUAGUUAUUACACAGCAUCAUUUACAAAUAUACCCAAUGCGCAGGCCAACUCCACCACUAUCGUGGUAAAUGUGUCAGGGGUUCACAACUUUGCUAACUUCCAAAACGUCAUACUCGGUCAUUAUUUUCGAACCAAGCUAGUCGCAUGGUCUCAAGCAGGAUCCAGCCCACCAGCGGUGCUCUACAAUUCAACGCGCUUCAUACCAGAAACGGGAGAGCAUUUCCAAACAUUAGAACCUAAUUACUGGCGAUGGAUACCACCGAUCCUUGGUUCAGUCACGGCCGUUUUUGUUGUUUGGAGGAUCAUCCAAAGAAGGACCCGACUUAACUCGAUGGAUUACCUCAAAAUCGGUAACGCGAAGCUGACUUUUGUGGCAAAUAAAAACGUUUCGAAUAAAUACCAGACUGCGAAUUAUACUUCAAUGGAAUCGCACGAUUCCAAAUGGGAAAUCGAGGAACGCAAGCUUUUAUUGGAGUCCAUAACUGGAGUAGGAGCGUUCGGUAUUGUCCAAAAAGGUUACUACAACCUACAGUCGGAUAAAAGACUUGAGGUGGCGGUUAAAAUGCUGAAAGCAAAGUCCACCGAGGAUCAGGUGAAGCAGUUCUACGACGAGAUAGAGAUCAUGAAGACAGUACCAAAGCAUCAGCAUAUCGUUUACUUGAUUGGCGUAAUUACAAAAAACAGAUACCAAAAUCCGCUGAUGCUGGUGGAGUAUUGUUCCAAGGGAGACUUGCAGAGUUUCCUCAGAAAGGUGUGGAUCGCUCUAGGAGAAAAGGAUCACGACAAUAAAACCGACGACGAACUGGAGCCCAAAAUGUUCUCCAACAAAUUUUACGAGAUAGAAUCCAGCAUUUUUGAGGAUGAUCUCUCGUUGAAAUCCAAAGAUCUGUUGUCGUUUGCCAGACAAAUUGCCAUUGGAAUGGAAUUUCUAGCCAGCUUAAAAAUCAUCCACAGAGACUUGGCGGCUAGGAAUAUUCUGAUAACAAAGGAUAAUGUGUUAAAGAUAUCAGAUUUCGGAUUGAGUCGGGAUGUGUACACGAAUAACAUGUACCAAAAGACCACAGCCGGCAAGCUUCCAAUCCGAUGGAUGGCGCUGGAAUCGCUAACCCAUCAGAUGUACACCACCGAAAGCGAUAUAUGGUCCUUCGGGAUUGUAGUGUGGGAAAUCGUAACGCUCGGAGGCCAUCCCUACCCGACCAUUAAUUCUGAAGAUCUGAUUCAUCGCCUUAGAGGAGGAUUUCGGAUGGAAAGACCUCUGAAUUGCGAUGAGCAAGUGUACGGCUUGAUGCUGAAGUGUUGGGACGCGGUUCCGAAACAGAGGCCUCCAUUUGAGGAGUUGGUUGGGAUUUUCGAUAAACUCUUGGAAAACGAAAUGCAGUACAUCAACUUGGAGGACGCCAAAAAGUUAGAUAUAAAAUACUACCAAAACGUGGGAAAAGGUGAAAUUGGCAACAACAAAUACGAAUUUAAAGGCCAAUGUAUCCGAUAUGUUCAAUCAACUCAGAACAAAAUUGUUUGAUGUGAAUUGCCUUUA